CUUAUUUUUCCCGUAAUUUAUAAAUCUCACCAGGUACAUAACUACAAAAUGUUUUGAAUAAAACAUCGUAACAUAUUUAUAGUUGGCAGUAACUUUUGAACAGACUAAGGUAUAACAACAAUAUGUGAUUCUAAAUAGAUCUUACAAAUGCAAACUCAUGAAACUGUCACGGUACAACUGUUUAGUAUAUGUCCAUUGGGAAUGUAAAGAAUAAAUCAUUAGGGUGUUACUACGUGAGAUUUUUUUUCUUGUCUCUUCCUAACAGCUAUCUCUGAGCUAUGAAAGUAUUUCAGAAGCAGAUGGAAUACCGAAAGCUAACCUGAAUUUAUUUCAAAUAUAACUUUGAUGAAUAGACCAUAAACUGAUGGCAUUUCGUUAAGUUAUAGUAAGAACAAACUUAAAACAUGAAAGUAUUAAUAUUGUCUUAAUAAGAAAACACUAACAAAUCAUAAACACAAAAAUCAUCAUUAGUACAAUAAUAUUGCAAUUCAAAUUCAAAAUAAAAAGAUGUGAUCGGAAUUUGAUUUGGUCUACGUGUUUAAUGUUAUGAAUUUCAGAAAAAAAGCCAAGUUUGGUGAGAGUAAAUAAGAGUAAGGGAAACACAAGGGUCAUUUUUGUGAAUUUGUGUUGAAAACUUAAUAUUCUUAUUGCUAUCUAGUUGUACGGUAUAGUUGCUUAAUUAAUCAUUGUGAUUUACACAUAAAGUGUUUCAUUAAAAUAUUAAAGUAGAUAACAAAAGAUAAUUUUAUUUGUCUAAAUUAAAUUGUUGUCGAUAUUGUUGAAUGGUGGUUGUAGUUUAAGGUUGAAGUAGAAAAAAAAUGAAAGUGUAAAAAAUAGAAUCAAAACAAUAUUCAAUAAAAAGUAUUUCAAUAUAAUAAAUUUAUCAUGAACAGUAAAUCAUCGUCAUCAUCAUCAUCAUCAUCAUCAUCAUCAUCAUCAUCAUCAUCAUCAUCAUCAUCAUCAUCAUCAUCAUCAUCAUCAUCAUCAUCAUCAUCAUCAUCAUCAUCAUCAUCAUCAUCAUCAUCAUCAUCAUCAUCAUCAUCAUCAUCAUCAUCAUCAUCAUCAUCAUCAUCAUCAUCAUCAUCAUCAUCAUCAUCAUCAUCAUCAUCAUCAACAACAACAACAACAACAACAACAAAAUCAAUAAACCUUUUUAAUAUCAAUCAAUAA